CGCGGAACUAAAUUCCUAACUUUUUCGCUAUUUAAAGGAGCGCUGAUAACUUCACAAGUUCAAAUCACCUGACCAGCUAGCUGAAGUAUCGACUGAGAUUAAUCACAUUAUUUUUCUUCUUUCCUUUUUUGGUGAAUUUUAAAGACAAAUUUCAAUGGCGGGCAACGGAACUUCGGUGAUCAAAUCUUCCAUGGACGUUGAUCUCGAAACUCAGAAGCUGGUGGAGAAGAGAGGUGGAUGGAGAGAAUUCCUCAAGUUUGUUGGACCUGGUUUUCUUGUUUCUUUAGCAUAUCUCGAUCCCGGAAACUUGCAAACUGAUUUGCAAGCUGGAGCAAAUUAUGGAUAUGAGCUUCUUUGGGUGAUCCUUCUUGGGCUAGUGUUUGCUCUUAUCAUACAAUCGUUGGCAGCAAAUCUUGGUGUCUGCACAGGGAGACAUCUAUCAGAGAUAUGCAGGACCGAGUACCCCAAAAUUAUCAAUUAUCCACUGUGGUUGUUAGCAGAAAUUGCUGUCAUUUCUGCAGAUAUACCAGAGGUGAUAGGCACCGCUUUUGCUCUUAAUUUGCUGUGCAACAUUCCAGUUUGGGUAGGAGUUUUGUGCACCGGGGUUUCCACUCUCAUCCUCAUUGGUCUUCAAAGAUUCGGGGUGAGGAAGCUAGAAUUCUUGAUUACAUUUUUGGUAUUUGUCAUGGCGGGCUGUUUCUUCGGAGAGCUAACAUACGUGAAGCCACCGGCAAAGGAGUUGUUGAUGGGAAUGUUUGUUCCUAAGCUUUCCGGAAAUGGUGCUACUGGUGAUGCCAUUGCCUUGUUAGGUGCACUAAUAAUGCCGCAUAACCUCUUCCUGCAUUCAGCUCUUGUGCUCUCUCGAAAAGUUCCAAAUUCAACACGAAGCAUCAAUGAUGCUUGUCGAUACUUCUUGAUUGAGAGUGGAUUUGCACUGUUUGUAGCCUUCCUAAUCAAUGUGGCUGUUAUAGCAGUAUCUGGAACUGUUUGCUUAGAAAAGGAUCUCUCACCAGAAGCAGUCCAAAACUGUAGUGAUCUUACUCUUGAUUCCUCCUCUUUCCUUCUCAAGAAUGUGCUCGGUAAAACUAGCUCAACUUUAUAUGCAGUAGCAUUAUUAGCAUCAGGGCAGAGCUCUGCAAUUACGGGAACAUAUGCUGGACAACAUAUCAUGCAGGGAUUCUUGGAUCUUAAAAUCAAAGUGUGGAUCAGAAACAUAAUAACAAGGUGCAUCGCCAUCAUCCCAAGCCUUAUAGUAGCAGUCAUUGCUGGACCUUCAGGAGCUGGUCAACUGAUUUCUAUAGCUUCAGUUAAUUUCUUUUCACUUUCUUACAUUUUUCAAUCAAAUUUUAUUUUGAUCAAUUUUACUUUUUACUCAAAUAGUACGUAAUAUUAUUCAAAUGUCUCACUGUUUUAAUCCCUAUUGCUCUUGCAGAUGAUUCUAUCAUUUGAAAUACCAUUUUCAGUGAUUCCUUUACUUAAAUUUAGCAGCAGCUCUGCCAAAAUGGGAAAACACAAAUCCUCCAAAUCUGUGAGUAAUUCUUUGCUAUCAUUUGCUUUGGUUCCCUUUUUUUUUUUUUUUUUUUUUUGCCCCCAUAACUUUCAUAACGUAUAAUUGAAGUAUAUAUUUGAGUUUGCGUUAAAAAUGAAAAAGGAAAAAAACUACUACCUCCGUCCCACAAAAAUAGUUCACAUUGAGUUUUUAAAUUUAUACUAAAAGUUGUACAAAACUCAAAACUCAAUAUUGACGAUUUUUUUGGGACGGAAGAGUAAUAAAUAACUAGCCAUCACAUGGUAUCUUAUAAAACGAAAUUUCUUUAAUUAAUUUAAUCUAUGUUCUGCAGAUAAUCGUGAUUUCUUGGAUCCUGGGGUUGGGAAUCAUGGGCAUCAACGUUUAUUACCUCAUCACAAACUUUGUCCAGUGGUUGAUUCACGAUCACAGUUUAGCAAAGAUUGGGAAGAUCUUCAUCGGCAUUAUAGUCUUCCCGUUGAUGGCAGUUUACAUAUUUGUUGCUAUAUAUCUUAUGUUUCGUAAAGAUAACGUUGUCAUUCCUGAAAAAGCUUCAUUAGAUACAACCACCGAUCAAGAUUAAUUGUACAAGGAUGAUCCACACGCAUUUGCUCCUUCUGGAUGUAAUUUUUUAAUACAAUUAAUAUGAUUUCCUUGAGUUUAUCUUGUUUUUAUUCUUUCUUAUAGUGUAUUUGAUCAUCUACUUCAUUCACGAUUAUGACAAAUUUUUCUCUCUCUCUCUCUCUAUCGGAGUUUAAUAACAGGCAC